GCCAACACCACCGAAUCGGACUUGGCCAUCACAUUCGAUGCAGUAUAAAGAGGACAGCCACCCGGCCGAUCCUCUCCACAAAAAUCGUUCGAGCGAAAUCGAUUGCAAGAGCUCUCUAGCGUACGUGCCAACAACAACACGCGAGCGAGCGAGAUCAAUCCGAACAAACAAACAUGGGGUGCAGCAUGAGUCGUCUCACCAAGGCGACCGUAUCGCUCGUCAUCCUGGCUCUGCUCAUAAUGUCCGGUGCCGCAGCAGCCGCUGUCGCCAGCUUCGACGCCACCCGCAGCCAACAUCUGCAGCUGCCGCGCGGGUUGCUGCGCGGCCCGGAGAGCGUCGCCUUCGACGGCGAGGGCCACGGCCCGUACAGCGGUGUCUCCGAUGGCCGCGUCCUCAAGUGGAACGGCGACAAGCUCGGCUGGACGACCUACACCUACAGCCCGGGCUAUAGCAGCAAGAUGUGCACCGCGUCCAAACUUCGACCGGAGACUCUCACCGAGAGCCGUUGCGGUCAGCCGCUUGGUCUGCAGUUUCACCACCAGUCUGGAAACCUGUACAUCGCCGAUGCCUACAAGGGGCUCAUGCGGGUUGGGCCGGGCGGCGGUGAGGCGACCGUGUUGGUCAACAAGGUUGAUGGCGCACCUCUCCGCUUCACUAAUGGUGUUGACGUCGAUCAGAUUACCGGUCAAGUAUACUUCACGGAUAGUUCUAUGAACUACAGGAGGUCGCAACACGAGAUGGUCACGAGAACAGGAGACUCAACAGGCCGUCUUAUGAGGUACGACCCAAGGACGCAUAAUGUUACCACACUACAAGCAGGCCUGACAUACCCAAACGGUGUAGCUAUCUCUCCUGACCGGUCACACCUAGUGGUUGCGUCUACCGGACCAUGCAAGCUCCUACGGUACUGGAUCAAAGGGUCCAAUGCGGGCAUGUCCGAGCCAUUUGCCGACCUUCCAGGCUACCCCGAUAAUGUGAGGCAAGACAGAAGAGGAGGUUAUUGGGUGGCGUUACACCGUGAGAAGAAUGAGCUACCCUUUGGCAUUGAUAGUCAUUUGCUCGCCGUGAGGAUUGGACCAAAUGGGAAAGUACUUGAAGAGAUGAGAGGACCCAAGAGUGUGAGGCCAACCGAAAUAAUGGAGAGGGACAACGGAAAAUACUACAUGGGCUCCGUCGAGCUACCUUACGUUGGCGCAGUCACACGUAAAUAGGGAUCCAUUUAGCAUGUUUAGCUUUUCUAUUUGUCAU